AUGGACUUCGAGGCAGUGGCAAAGGCGACACACGCCGCUAUGGCGCGUGAGCGCGGUGCUGGACAUUUGUCUCCGCAACGAGCGCAGGAGCUGGAGGUGAAGGUGGAGAAGCAGGCCGGCGCGAGCGCAGCUCCGCAGCAGUCGACGCCAGUGUCGGGGCCGACUCUGGGGUUAUCUUCGGAGCGGGUCUGCCACACGCUUGCAGCUGCGUCCCACUCUGCACCAUCACCGCAGGGCUCUCGCGACGAUCCCUCGCCAGCGCCAUAUCAGCAAGGGCAGCAGCAGACGCAGUCUUCACCGCCCUCUUUCCGGCGCAAUGGGACAGCUGCCCGCUACUCUCUGCGCGACAUGCUCAAGGACUGCGUGGCCGACGGACAGUGGGCGCGAGCGCUUCAACUGUUCACUAGCGCGGUGGACCAGGCUUGUCGACAGGUGCUGAUCCCCGGCGGCACCACACAAGGUGUGUCCGCCACCAGCGGAGCACCAGCAGCAGCUAUCGCAUCAGACCCACGUAGUGUAGCCGCGAACUCCACCCCCGAAUCGGAGUGCUUCGCGGCGAUACGCAAGAUGGUGGCAGCCCUUCCUCCGAGAGAGCCGCGAGAUCGGGCGACGCAUUUCUCGCGCGCGACGAAUGUCAAGAACAUGCGCGGUAUCAUGCGGUGGACCGGCCAGCACUACUACCUUCUGUGGAAAUGUCUCCUGGAGACUGGGCACGUGGAGGAGCUGGAGAGGGUCUGGUCCGUGAUGCAGCACACCGGGUUCGUGGAGUAUCAGAUGGAAGAACGCACGGUGAAUGCGAUGAUAGCGCUGCUGAGCCGCACGUCGCGCUCGACCGAGCGCAUGAUAGCGGCGGUGGUGUCCCCUGGCCGCCCUCUCUCAGAGACGACGUCGCAUCAGAAAGGGAUUCUGCGCGAGCUCGUCAAGAGGCUGGAGCACGCCGCUGGCGCGCGGAAAUUUCAGCUGGCUGGCGCGAACCGUCGCACCGCAGAGGGCAUUCGAAUCGCUGAGGCGCUCAAGCACGCCGACCAGGGCUACGACGGCAGAGACACCUCCGCGGACCCCGGUGCCGCACACGACGACGGAGCGGACGCGGCGUUCCCCGCCGGCUUUGAGGAUGCUCCGGUCGUGGUUGGCGACUUCAAUGGACUGCUUCGCCGUGCACGCAGUUCGGAGUCGACCGACCGCAUUCUGCGCAUGAUGGAGAAGCUGAGCAUUGAAAAAGAAGCGGUCACAUACGCGAGCCUCAUCGCCGCACUGCACCACCCGCAGUAUGUGCUGCCGGGACACACAGCCGAAGAGCUGGCAGCGCACCUGCCUGGCGGGGCUAGCUCGCAGCAGUACACGAGCAUGGAGGAAGGCGGAGGCACAGGGAAGGAAGACCAGGCCUCUGGUCCCACAAGCAACUCGGUUGAUCUUUCAGGGACCAAGACUUCCUACGAAGCUUACAAACAGGAGCGCAUUGAGGCUGGCAUGGCAUGGUUUGCGGCGUGUCCUGCGGCACACCGCACGGCCGAUGUGUUCAAUGAGCUACUCUACCUGCUUCGCGCCAAGUCACACUGGUGCCAGUUUGAUACGGUGCUGGUGCAGCUUCGCGGCAACGCUGUGGUCACCGAAACGGAGUGGCCAGAGACGCUUAGUGAAACAGGGAUAGAUGUGCCACCGUCCGUGUCUGCCGCCGGCGGGGCCUCGCCCGCCUCAGCGACCAUUCUUGCUCCGCGAUGGUCUACUUGGCCAAAUGGGAAGACGUAUGAGCUACUCAUCCAACGCGCCCGCUACGUGCACCAAUGGGAAGUGAUGUGGGCACUUUACGAGGAAAUGAUUGCCACUGGUGUUCGCGGCACCACCCGCGUGUACGAGGUGCUUCUCUUGGAGGGUCGCAGUCACCCGCCGCAGGCGGUGCUCGCUGCCGACCGCUCCGGCAAUUCCGAUGCCUCCUCGCGUUUUCUCCUCCGUCUCUACGAGGAACUGCGCCGCGACGGUGGCGAUGUUCGCUCAUUCAAGGGAACGCUCAACGUCGUUAAUGCGUGGACCAGGACAAGAUCCAGGUCGAAUCGGUGGGGAUCGUGA